AUGACAGUUCCUAGUCACACAAUGCCUUGUGGAGUCUUCUUCAUGUUCUUUUUUUUGUCCACUGUCAUCUCUACAAAUCAUGCAUGCAACAAAGCAGAUCACAACUCUCUUUGGUCAUCUUUUGAUGAUGUACCUUCUUCUGCUUUAAACUGGUCUUCUAGUGAUUGUUGUCACUGGGAAGGCAUCACUUGUGACAAGGAUGGUAGGGUAACUCAUUUGUUGUUGCCCUCCAAACGGCUCCAAGGAAGCGUUUCUCGCUCUCUUGGAAACCUCACGCAUCUUUCGCACCUCAAUCUCUCCCACAAUCAGCUUUCUGGUCCUCUGGAAGCUGGACUCAUUUUGUCCUUGAGUUUCCUUGAGAUUCUUGAUUUGAGCUACAACCUUCUCUCUGGUGAAGUACCUUUGUUUCCGCCAUCCAGUAAUAUCCGAAUAGUGGAUUUAUCCAGCAAUCAAUUCAACGGAACAAUUCCUUCUUCAUUCCUCCAGCAUGCUGGUAAUUUGAGCAGUUUGAAUGUCAGCAAAAAUCAUAUUUCUGGCCAAAUGCCAUCCUCUAUCUGUCUUCAUUCUUCUUUGGUUAGAGUCUUCGAUUUCUCCUACAAUAAUUUCAGUGGCUCAAUUCCUCUUGGUCUAGGGACCUGUUCGAAAUUGGAGGUCUUUCGUGCAGGUUUCAAUAGCCUCUCAGGGACCCUUCCUAGUGAUAUUUACAAAGCUCAGGCACUUGAAGAAAUUUCAUUACCUUCCAACAAGCUUUUUGGUCCCAUCAGUGACAGGAUUGCCAAUCUUACCAGCCUCACAAUCCUAGAGAUAUAUUUUAAUCAGCUCACCGGCGUGCUCCCUCACCAUAUUGGGAAGCUCUCCAAAUUGAAACUCAUGCACCUUCAUUUCAACAAUCUACAAGGUUCUCUGCCCCCAUCUUUGAUGAAUUGCACAAACCUUGUAGAACUAAAUCUGGGAUUCAACCAUUUGGAAGGAAAUAUCACAAUGCUAAAUUUCUCCAAACUUGGUCAACUUUUUAAGCUUGAUCUAGGGAGAAAUUACUUCUCUGGUUUCAUGCCAGUAAGCCUUUACUCUUGCAAGUCCCUGAAAGCAAUUCAACUGGGCGGAAAUGAAAUAGAGGGACAAAUACAACCCGAGAUUGUCUCCUUAAAAUCCCUGUCCUUCCUCUCCCUUGGCUGGAACAGACCAAUGUCACAGGGGCCAUAUAUAUAUUUUGAUGGGUUGCAAAAAUCUCAGGCUACUCUUCCUUCCAAAUAG